CAUUGCCAAUGUGAUUUCAUUCACAUCUGUCGCAAGUCACCAGGCUCUCACAAACUUCGACUUGUUGUUGAAUCGUUUAGUUAACACUGCUGCUCCUCAAUCCAGGCGCCGCAGCGACUUUAGCUCCCGCACUUUCUUCUAGCUCCGACCCGGCCAGCAGCGUUGCCACGGCGUUUACCGAAAGAUCAUACCAUACAGCCUGUCGGCACUCGACUAGUUUGCUCGAUCCAAGAGAAAAAGGCCGUCAAACGCCGUCCCAGGAAGCUGGUGUUCCCAUCUUCGCCUGUCGACCCCUCAUCGCCCAAAGUUUAGCAGCACGCUACGAACAAUCCUUUCGGACUCCUCUCCGAAACCUGGCCAGAGCUUCUGGAACGUCUUGAGGCUAAAACUCCCUAGAAUAGCUUCUGCAUUUCUUCUUCAACUCUGCUCAGCUAUACCGGUACAUGCAGUAGCGCAACCAUGGCACGCUCACCUAACAAGGACGAUGCGGUCAUCAUCGUCGGGGCCGGCAUCUUUGGUCUCAGCACCGCGUUGCACCUGUCUCGCCGGGGAUACAAGAACGUCACGGUCUAUGACAGGCAGCCCUACCACGAAAGUCUUUACUCGUAUUUUAAAGGCGCCGAUGGAGCUUCUGCAGACAUGAACAAAAUCAUCAGAUCUGCGUAUGGCGCACAAACGGAGUACCAAGGGUUGACCAUUGAGGCGCUAGAGGGCUGGACCGCUUGGAACGAGGAGCUGGCCAGCGGGAAGACAGUCCCACCCGGCCUAACCACCAACGACCGCGUAUUUGUCAAUAACGGCAACCUGUCACUCUCAGACUCAGCAACCCUGCCGCAAUUCGAGCAGGACACAGUUGACAACAUGGAGGCAGCAGGGCAUCGAAAUACUCAGCUGAUCACCAUUGAUGAGGAACACCAAAGGAUCGCUGCUGAGAAAGGAUGGUCUUUUGGAAUGGACCCGUUCCGACGUUUGCAAAGAGGUCUCAACGCGGCCGGCGUUCUCGACACGACGGGAGGCAUGGCCGUGGCUGACAAGGCCUGCCGUUUUGCGCUAUACAAGGCGGAAAGCCAAGGCGUCAAGUUUGUGUUAGAUUCGCAAGCUGGUGCUCUUGUCUCGUUGAUCUACGAGGAGAAGAAGGUUAGCGGGAUCAAAACCCGAGACGGCAAGGAACACCAUGCAAAGCUGACUAUCAUGGCAUGUGGCGGCUGGACACCUUCUUUACUCCCAGAUCUAGACGGUUUGUGUGAGACGACGGCAGGAUCGGUGGUACUACUCAAGAUACCCCGUGAAUCGCCGUUAUUUAGUCGUUUCGCACCCGAAAACUUCCCAACUUUCACAUACAAAGUGAGAGACGGCGCUGAAGGUGGUCUAUACGGGUUCCCUAGGGAUGAGAAUGGCUGGCUGAAGAUCGGCUAUCGCGGAACCAAAUACACAAACCCCGUCAAGCAAGCUGACGGUAGGGAACGCAGCGUACCCGUAACACGGUGGUCGAGUGCAUCGGGGCCUAGCGAUCCUAACGAAGCGACUAAUGAGCGCCUGACGACGAUUCCCCAGCAAGCUCUGAGAGUUUUGCGCUUAUUCUUGGCAGAGAAUCUCCCGGAGCUAGGCGCCGAAGGCAUCGAUAUUUCUUUCACUAGAGUGUGCUGGUAUACAGACAGCUACGAUAAUCAUUUUGUGAUUGACCAUGUCCCCGACACCGAGGAGUCACUUAUGGUUGCGACUGGCGGGAGUGGACACGCGUUCAAGUAUCUUCCCAACAUUGGCAACUGGGUUGUAGACAAAGUGGAAAAGAAGGGCCAAGACCAGAUUCCACCAAAGCUUUGGAAGUGGAGACAGAUUGGGAAACAGGAGAAGCCGUAUAAUGUCUUAAUGGAAGGAAGCAAGGGCCCGACAGCUCUCGGCAACGUGCCUUUGGCGGCCGAGAUCGAGAUAUCCGGUAGUGUUAAAUCUAGGAUGUAGAAUCGAGGC